CCCAACCAAAACAACACUCUGCUGAGCAAUAUAGAUUUAGAAAAUGUCUUUGUCUAGUAAAUAUGCGAGUUGGACAAUUAACGACUUAAAAGAGGAGUUAAAAAAGAGAAAUGCGCGGGUCUCCGGUAGAAAGGCUGAGUUAAUAGAGCGGUGGGUAUUUUAAAAACGGCAGUGUAUAAUAGAGUCACAGUCAGUCAGUAAUCAUCAUGCAUGUUUGUCAUCGUUUGUCAUGUAGCCAUUGUAGGCCUACCACCAUAUAUUAUUAUUAAUAUUAAUUAUUAUUUCUAUGUGUACCACAUAUACUAACGCAUUCCAAGAGCUAUGGUUAAAUAAUAUACAAGAUUCACUGGUCAGAGUUACAUCUUCAUUUCCUUUGUUUAGGCUAGAAGCAUACAAUAGGAAUGACAAUUUUUCUGGCAGUAGUGAUCUCGUCACUGACAAGAAUGAUUUUAAAAUGACCCUUCCUGCCCAUACUUGCUUCAAGGAUGUUACCAGUAGUGCCCUUCCUUCAGUGAACCAUCUUACAAUCAGAGAGGCUAUUGCCUACCUGGACCUCUCUGGUUCUACUCUUGCUUCAGGUCAUAGAUUGUAUGACUCAAGGUUCCUGCGCUUUCUCCGAUGGGCUCAGGAUGGUAACAUGACAUGCUAUACUGGCCAAUGCCGAGCGGAAAUGCGGCGUACUGUAUGCUAUAACACGCAUAUUAAAAUAGAUACCAAUGGAGAGGUUAUGGAGACAGAGUGUGAGUGCCCAGCUGGGAUGGGACCAAAUGCUCACUGUAAGCAUGUACAGGCCGUACUACUGGCAGUUAUUGAUUAUACGGGAGGUGAACAGCCGAAUUUAGAACUUUCUUGCACAGAGGUGUUACAGUCGUUUCAUAAGCCACGUCGACUACACAAUGGAUCGCCUGCCAAAGCAAGUACACUGAAAGUCACUAAGCAGCCACUCGCGCUUAAUUUUGAUCCACGCCCACAAAAGUACCGCAAACUUGCAUGUUAUCCUGCACAUGUGAAAAGCUUGACAUUAAACUAUGCAGCCAACACUCAUAAUCAGGUUCCACUGCUGCAAACAAUCGGACCAGCCAAUAUUUACGCAGUUGAUAAGGACCAUGACUAUCUAAUUAAGCCGCAAUCACAAAUGUUCUUGGAUCAAAGUAAUAUAACUAAAAUCUCACGUGAAACAGCAGAUGACAUUGAGUACCGAACACGAUUGCAAAACAAGAGUGUGGAAUGGAAGAAGGAGAGGAGAAAUCGGAUGCAGUCCUCUAGGUUCGGUGUUAUCAUUAAAUGUGUUUCACAGCAUGCUAAAGAGAGAAUUGCAAGGGAAAUGAUUGAUGGGAACGAAUUUGUUUCGAGGGCAACUUCACACGGAAAUAGACUUGAACCGGAUGCGAUCACCUGCUAUGAGCAGCUGUGUGAUGUGAAAGUGCAAAAAUGUGGAUUAGUUAUUUCUAUAGAUAAGCCUUACCUAGCCAGUUCCCCAGAUGGUCUUGUGAAUGAGGACACGGUUUUAGAAGUGAAAUGUCCCUACUGUGCAAGGAACAUGCUUAUAACCCCUCACACUGUCCCGUACCUGAUACAAGAUGGGUCCGAAAUGAGGCUGAAUCCCAAUCACCAAUACUACGCACAAGUUCAGGCUCAAAUGUAUAUGACAGGUAGGACCAAGUGCCAUUUUGUGGUGCACACAUUUAAGGACACAAAAGUCUGUAACGUCCCAGUAGAUAAUGUGUUUAUUCAAGACAUGCUACGUACUCUAGAUGACUACUUCGAGAAUGUGUUUAAAAAGGUUUAUCUCGCGAGACAUUUUUACAAAGAUUUGUAAUCAAAUUUUAGUCUCAUGCUUGAGGUGCUUUAGGUGAAAUGCAUGGUGACGUGGCGACACGGUUACGUAGCGACGCGGCUACGUGGCGAUGCGGUUACGUAGCGACGCGCUUACGCGGCUACGUGGUUACGUAGCGACGUGGCGACCCGGUUACGUAGCGACGCGGUUACGCGGCGACGCGGUGACUCGGUUACGCGGUUACGUAGCAACGCGGUUACGUAGCGACGCGCUUAUGCGGCGACGCGGUUACGCGGCGACGCGGUUACGUAGCGACGCGGCGACUCGGUUACGCGGUUACGUAGCGACGCGGCGACUCGGUUACGCGGUUACGUAGCGACGCGGAUACGCAGCGACGUGGUUACGCCGCGACGCGGUUACGUAGCGACGCGGUUACGCAGCGACAUAGCGACGCG